CUCAAGAUCACCGACGAUGCCUAAGCAAAUCAGUGACAUCAAGGAGUUCAUUAAAAUCACCCAGCGAAAGGAUGCCAUCCAGGCACGCAUAAAAAAGACAGCUCCUAAGGUUGCUGGCGGCAAGCAACAGACCAAAUUCAAAGUCAGAUGCUCACGGUAUCUGUACACACUGUCGAUAGACGACCCGGAGAAAGCAGAGAAGCUCAAGCAGAGUCUUCCUCCUGGCCUCACUGUCAAAGAGAUCUCCCAGACACCAAAGAAGAAGUAGAUGCUAUUGCUUCAUUCCUUGUAUUUUACAUGGUGUGCUGGGACGGCUUGGCAACCGGCUGCGCCUGGGGUAUUGUAUAUCUGGGGAGGGUAUUUACAGACAUACUUCUGCAGCGCGAAAACUAUUGCUUUUAUGUGUGCUUAAUCAUGACUUCCUUUCCUCGACUACAAGUGCGACAACC